AUGAGCAAAGCUCGGGAUUGGAGAAGCUUGUCGCGUGGGGAGAAGCUUGGAGCUUCGAUGCACGGCGGCGCCGUUGCAGGUGGGUGGGCUCCACUGGCUCAAGUCCCCCGGGAGCGCAGAUUCCAGCGCCAACCUUUUUCUCCGACGAUAUCCUCUUUUAAUUGCGAUACCACCGAGCUGUCGCGUGUCUGCAGCAAAGCAUCCGGCGCCACGAGCAGAGGCAUCAUGAGGCGAUGCACCACGGAAGUGCCGCGCAAAUUGUGCGCCUCUGGUCUGGCGUGCUCAGGUCGGCGAUGGACGUCGCAUCGCAGCGCCUCCCUGACAAACGAGGCGCUGCUUGAAAAGGUUGGCGCGCGGCUCAACGACGACGAAUACGGCGAGAAAAUCACACUGGAUGUCAAGAAGAAGACUAUAUUUACGGGAAGCGGAGAGCUUCCCAUGUCUCCCCUGUUUGACCCUGCCUGGAUCAAGUCACGGAAACGGCAAACAAAAGAACCGCCGCGUCCAGCGAACGGCCAGUUCCAGAAGCAUCUCGGAAGGAACCCCUUCGCACAAGCGCUUGCGACGCCAAUGCGAUAUUGUGCCGUGACCAAGACACAUCAACCGCGAUACUUUUUGCAGCGAUUCGACGUGGUACGGCACCCGGAGACGAAUCAGGGCUGGUUGGCCCCCGCAAACGACGCCUACAGUCACAUACAAAGGAACGAAGAAGUACGUGCAAAUGGCCUAGCCGCUUUGACCGUGAAGCCCUCGGGCGGACGGGACGAAGUCGCUGCCCGGGUGACGGGUUACGUCGCGUCGCAAAAAUCAGUCUUUGAUACGUUGUCGGGGCCGAAUAAGAGGCUGCGUGGCGCAUUGCUUGCACGCCGGGCCGGCAUGGCCGUCAGCCCAGAAGCCAGGACGCCCGUGUGGCGGCACAACAUGAGCGAGGUGGUGCUUCAGAGUAUGCGGUCUGAGGCUGCCGGUGAACUCGUUCGGAGAGCAGGCGUGGCAAAUCACAAGUUUGUGCAGCCGUGCGCGAAAUGGGAGGACAUCAAGGACGUCAAGAGACGCGGCUGCAUUCUAUGGCUGCCACAGGCCCAUGACGAAGCUACAGCGCGCCAGCAUGCGACCUUUGACGUUGAAGGCGUCAACUAUGGUGGCAAGAUGGCAGUCCAUAACUUGUUCUGGCUCCUCGGUGACGCAGAGGCUGCUAGGCUGCGCAGCGAGUCGGAGAUGUUUCGUAAUAACGAGCUACUGGUCCUAAAGAGCUGGCCGACCAAGACCAUGAUUCAGCUGCACCUGCUGUUGUGGAAACUUCAGGGCUACAUGGAUGCUCCAUCGCCAUAA